AUGUCCCCUCCACGCCGUGCCGUUAUCGCAAUCACGUCUGCUACAGCACCGCUCCACGACGGCCAUCCCACAGGCCUGUUCAUUUCGGAAGCGCUUCAUCCCUUCCAAGUAUUCAAGGAGGCCGGCUUCGAGGUGGACCUCGUUUCCGAGAAAGGUACUUACGUGCCAGAUUGGUUGAGUCAGCAGGAAAGCUUCUUGAAUGGCGAAGACAAGAAGCAGUGGGAAGAUACGAAUGGCGAGUUCAGGACGAAGUUGGACAACAUGCCGGACGUUCACAGCAUUGAUGGAAAGAAGUACGGUGUCUUUUUCGCCAGCGCCGGCCACGCCGCGUUGAUCGACUAUCCUCACGCAAAAGGGUUGCAAAAAAUAGCUACGGAUGUCUGGACGCAAGGCGGGGUUGUAUCAGCUGUGUGCCACGGGCCUGCGAUCUAUCCAGGCAUUAUCGACCCCACAACGAGCAAGUCCAUUGUCAACGGCAGGACCAUUACCGGCUUCACGACGCAAGCGGAGUACGACAUGCACGUCAUGGAUGCCCUCCGAAACUGGAAUGAGCCGCUCAUCGAUGAAUGGGCCGAGAAAUUAGGAGCUAAAUACGUCCGAUCAGACGGAGUGUGGGACGAUUUCCACGUCGCCGAUGACAGGGUUGUGACAGGUAUGAAUCCACAGAGCGCUAAAGCCACGGCAGAGGCAGCUGUGAGGGUCUUGGAGAGGCUUUGA